GUGAUACCCCGCAAAGUGAUGAUUACGUGCGAAACGGCGCUCAACUCUGACCGCAAUUUAGCCUCGUUCAUCAGCGACGACCCGGUUCUGCGACACAUGCCUAACAUCGUGGCCGCACUACACCUGAUCGACGAGUACUGCAAACCGGACUCAUUCUGGCGGCCGUACGUCCGGUGCCUGCCCUCCCAUUAUGACACCGCGCUAUACCUGUCCGACGCCGACGUAAACCAAUUGAAGGGAUCGCAAGCACUCGAAGAAGUGGUGAAACUGAAGCGAAGUAUAGCCCGACAGUACGCCUACUUCACGAACCAGAUGCACACCAACGACAAGGCUAUGCGACUGGAGUUUAAGCACUUCUUCACGUACGAGCUCUACCGGUGAGUGAUGUAUGCGAUGAUAGUAUGAGAUAA